CCAGCGGGGCCCGGAACGUGCGCCGCCGGGGCCGAGGAGGGGACUGGCCGAGCUGGUGGAGGAGAGCAGGAAAACGUGGGGGAGGUGCUGGCGAGAGAAAGAGAACUUGCGUGAGGAGGAGGAGGAGGAGAAACCAAAUUUAACAUUUGGCGUGGAAAUGGGAUUUUUUUUUUUGCAUCCUCCAAGCAAGUAAAGUGAAAUCAAUCAACAUUAUCCUCCCUCCCCUCGGCAAGUGAGGAUUACUUUCUCCUUGGGUAAAGGAAGAGAACUGAAGCAGGCAGAAAAUGUGGCUAAAUGAUUACAGCUCUGCAGCAACCAGUGUCUCCCACCCCCAUGAAGGAACACUUUUUAAUUGAAUGGACCACCGAAUCUAUUUUUAAAGGGAGGACAGCAAGAAUGAGGGACAGGAAACAGAGGCGUUUAAAUGCAGAAUUAGAGGCAAAAACGGCUGAUCUGGUUCGACAAGCUAAUGAAGUAAUAAGAGAUCAACAAGAAGCACGAUCUCAGUCUAUUUCAACACAAAUUAAAUCAUAUGAAGAGGAAGAUGAUGACAGUUUAAGAUGUCCAUUAUUGUCUGAAGGGACAGUUCAUUUACGUUCAGACACUAAGCCAAAGACCAAAAACUUUGAUCCAAUAAACAAAGUUCAAAACAAAUUACACUCUGCAAGUAAAGGAAGGAAAUCAAAUUCAAGAAUAAAAUUGAAAUACUCUGAUGUACAAACUGCCAGCGAUGUUGCCAUUCCAGAGGAUUUCUCAGACUUUUCUCUUGCAAAAACAAUUAGCAAAAUUGAAGGGCAACUGGAAGAAGAAAGCUUACCUGAUUAUAUAGAUGAUGGUAUUUUUUGUGGUGUUAGUGAAGACAUUGGAAUAGAAGCACAGAUCAGAUAUCUGAAGGCCAAACUCCAUGUUGUGCAGGAGGAAUUGGAUAAUGUUGUAUGUGAAUGCAAUAAAAAGGAGGAUGAAAUUCAGGAUUUAAAGUCUCAACUGAAAAAUUCUGAAGGAGAUUGUAUGAGACAGCAGCGGACAGUUAAUUUGCAACAGGCUCAAACAGAAAAGUAUAAAACUCUUUUUGAAGAAGCAAGCAAAAACUGUGAUGGAUUACAGCAACAGUUGUCUUCAGUAGAAAGGGAAUUAGAGAAUAAAAGAAGACUACAAAAACAAGCUGCUGCUAGUCAAAGUACCAUGGAAGUUCGCUUGAAUAGAGCUCUAGAAGAAGCAGAAAAGUAUAAACUGGAGUUAAGUAAACUAAAGCAAAAUAACAAGGAUAUAGCAAACGAAGAACACAAAAAAAUUGAAGUGUUAAAAUCAGAAAACAAGAAGCUAGAAAGACAAAAAGGAGAAUUAAUGAUAGGGUUCAAGAAACAAUUAAAAUUAAUUGAUGUUUUAAAAAGGCAGAAGAUGCAUAUUGAAGCUGCCAAGAUGUUGUCUUUCACUGAAGAGGAAUUUAUGAAGGCACUCGAAUGGGGAAAUUAAUAAGUGAUCUACUUCUUAACCUAUAGUGCAUGGUGGAUAUACCCUUUAUUUAACUUAAGUUGUAAUGGUUUGAAUUAUUUUUACUCUAAGAAAUGAAGAUACUUGAUAAAUCAAAAUAAUUCCAAAUUCCCUGUGUAGAUCUGGGGAUGUAAAAUUGAUAUCUAAUUAUUACAAAAUGGAAAUAUUUUAUAAUAAAGCAAUA